UUGCGACGUUUCUGUUUUAUUCAGGUCGAGACGACGGUACCUGAAGAUUCGCUGCUGGUCACAAAUGGUGUAAGUGCAAUAAGGCAGGUACUUCAUCCCCUUGCAUUGCGCUCAUCAUUUGUGCUGUCUCCCCUCUUCUACAAAUUUAUCAAUAUCUCACGAUACGAAGCUUUACCGGACGAUGGAAACUGUUCGCUGGAAGACGAGUUAACUUUUAUCAGAGACAGGGUACUGCGUUACUUACAUCGGGGUACGUUUUCUACCACUUGA